AAGGAAAUUAAACCCUUUAAGUCAAUGCAUAUCGUGGUGACACCGGCACAGGAGCCCUCACGGUGGAGUCGGCCAGGGCUGUGCGUUCCCAAAAUAUGACCAGGGGUGCUUGGAUGUGUCGGCAGUAUGACGACGGGUUAAAAAUCUGGUUGGCGGCACCCCGGGAGAACGAGAAACCGUUCAUCGAUUCAGAGAGGGCUCAGAAAUGGCGACUGUCUCUGGCAUCUCUCUUGUUUUUCACAGUCCUGCUCUCUGAUCACUUGUGGUUCUGCGCCGAGGCCAAGCUGACCCGGACCCGGGACAAGGAGCAGCGGCAGCAGCAGCAGCGGCAGCGGCAGCAGCAGCAGCAGCGGCAGCGGCAGCAGGAGCCCUCCUGGCCCGCGCUCCUGGCGAGCAUGGGGGAGUCCUCGCCCGCCGCCCAGGCGCCCAGACUCCUCGCCGCCGCCUCGGCCCCCGCCCUGCCCCCCUCCCCGGGAGCCGGCGGGGGCGGCCAGGGCAGCCGAGGCAGCAGCAGCCGGGGCGAGGCUCUUGUGCUGGGGCACUCUGCCCAGCCCGUGUGGCGCCUGGAGACCUGUUACCCCCAGGGCGCCUCCUCGGGCCAGUGCUUCACCGUGGAGAGCGCGGACGCCGUGUGCGCCAGGAACUGGAGUCGGGGGGUGGCGGCCGGGGGGGAGGAGCCGCAGGUGAGGGGGACGCAUCCAACUCCGCUCUGGAACUUGUCGGAUUUUUACCUUUCAUUUUGUAAUUCCUACACACUUUGGGAGUUGUUCUCGGGGUUGUCCAGCCCCAACACUUUGAACUGUAGUCUGGAUGUGGUGCUCAAGGAGGACGGUGAGAUGACCACUUGCAGGCAGUGCGUCGAGGCUUACCAAGACUACGACCACCACGCUCAGGAGAAAUACGAAGAGUUUGAAAGCGUGCUCCAUAAAUACUUGCAGUCGGAGGAGUACUCGGUGAAAUCGUGUCCUGAGGACUGUAAGAUUGUCUACAAAGCCUGGCUGUGUUCCCAGUAUUUUGAAGUCGCACAGCUGAACUGCAGAAAGACAAUUCCUUGCAAGCAAUACUGUUUGGAGGUUCAGACGAGGUGUCCGUUCAUAUUGCCCGACAAUGAUGAAGUCAUCUACGGGGGACUCUCCAGUUUCAUCUGUACAGGGCUCUACGAAACCUUUCUAACCAAUGAUGAACCAGAAUGCUGUGACGUCAGGAGAGAGGCAAAAUCCAACACCCCCUCCAAGGGGACGGUGGACAGAGGCGGCUCCUGUCCCAGGACGUCGCUCCCAGCUUCAGCGGCACCCAGGCUGGGCCCCAGCAGACUCAGGCUGUGUGUCCUCGUGCUGAUACUCCUUCACACAGUUCUCACGGCCUCGGCGGCGCAGAACGCCACGGCCCUGGGCUUCGGGGGUGUCCACGCACUUGACGAGCGCUCGGCCAGCAAGGAGUAAGGACGCUGGACCCUGGAGCAUGCCCGCCGCCCUGGCCACUGGCGUCACGGCCUGGGUGCUCCGACCCGCGCAUCACUUCGUGCAGGGCCUGGAGGGCAAAACUGGAAAAGAGGGGCCUGAAUCCAAACAAGGACACACACACACAGCUUUUUAUGGACUAAAAGGCUGGAAAGUGACUUCAAUUUCUCACACCAUUUUAUACACUGUGUUUUAAUGUUUGGAGGUUUUCUUUGCUUUCCUUUUGAUUUGGGUUUAUCUGUUUGGUUUGUUUUUGCACUUGUUAAUACAGGAUUUAUUUGGGGGGAUGGUUUCUCAGAGGUAAACUAAGUCUUUUCACUGUCUCUCUCUAUAUAUAUAUUUCUAGUCAUUGUGUGUGUUCCUCAGAUAGUUCUGUCUCAUGUCCUGUCAGUUUCUAUUAGCGGAAUGACGGCUAUGACCUCGCGGUAUAGCAAACAACAACA